AUUUCAUCAGCCUACACAUUAGCUGGAGCUCUGACGUGGCAAAUUUUGGCAGUGUGCGAUAGGCCCGUCCACGUAAGCCGCAACCUUGCCCCAAGGCAAAAGCAAGCGCACGCCGCGAAUCGGCAGGAGGGCGGUGUGCCCAAUCUACCCUCUAUGAACCACAAUUAGACGUCAAAACGGUCAAACCAAUUUAAUUGCCAGUGCGGGCAUUGCCCUGAGCUCUAUCAUGGCGCUACGUGCAGCCCGCGCCACAAGGCUUCACACCUCGGCCAAAUGCAAUGGCGCUUGCUCAUGCUCAUAUACGGCUCAUGUAAGCCAGGGCCAUCGCCGGUCGGUGGCACGAGGUCGCUGGGACUUCCACAAGCCUCCCUCCGUUUGCGCCCGCUCCUCUUCACACGAGGAGAUGUAUGAGCGGCUCUUUAACAGCCCCGUGUUUCGGAGCGACCUGGUCAUGAACGAGUUUAACAAAAUUGUGCAGGAGGCCACGCAGCUGUCGGGCAUGGCUGGGCGCUUCCCGGACUUUGACCUGCAGGGCAAGCAGAUGUACUUGGAUAAGAUGCAGGAGAUGUCGGACCGCUAUGAGAUCUUCAUCAAGCGCCUGGAGCUAAGUCAGGACCCAGCGGCCAAGGAGUACCUGCGCACCACCAACGCACAGAUGCUGGAGGGUGGCUUCACGUUGAAUCAGAUGUUUGCGGGGCUCAAGCAGAGUGUCGCCGAGUACCGCAAGUGGGUGGAGCAGGAGGAGCGCGUCAGUGGUGACCCCGUGGCCCACCAGGAGUUUCUCAAGUACUUUCGGGAGAUGUGGGGCGCGAGUGUGUUGGGGCGUCUGGACCUGAGCUACCUGGUCAAGACCACGGACCCCCAGGUCAUCCUCAAGGCGCAGAACGACCCGCAGUUCUGGGUGAUGCUCAAGGAGAUCAGCACCAGCCCCAGCCCAGCGGCGAUGACUAAGUGGAUGGACCACCCCACGCUGGGGCCGCUGGUGGCGGAGCUGUGGAAGAGCACGCAGAAGGGGCAGUAGAGGUGGGCGGCAGGGGGGCAAGGAUUGAGGGGUGGGAGCGAAGCGCCGUUUGUAGAUCUGAGGCUGUGCGAGCGAGGGUUGUAGACUUGUAGACGCGUGGGCAAACGAGCAGCCGGGGGAGCGUGCGUCACAAGGCGGAACGACGCGGAACUGCCUGGGCCUGGCUGGACAUGCAACCAUGCAUCCGAGGUCUCUCAAGGCUUUGAACUGCAUCGACUAGCGGCGACCGUGACCGUCAUGUUGCCGGUUUCGCGCCCGGACUCAAGGGAGCUAACUGGAGGGGCCACCUGGACUCGAACCCGUGUAAGUGCUCACGCUCAUCGUGCAGUUUUGUCAGGCAAGACGAACAUGGGAGUAAAAUUGAGGGCUUGGGGCGCCAAUUUUCCGUGCAUGCUAGAGUGGCGUGUCACGGUUUUUCAUGUGGACCCUUGUGCGUCCUCGUGCACUGCUGGUGCGAAACGAGCCCGUCUACGAGAAAGAAAGCCUAGUACUACAUGGCUGGCUCCUUGUGUCUACUCUUUUAUAUUGGAACCCACUCGGGUGUGGCUGGAGAGCGGGUUGUGAAAAGGAUCCUGAGGCAGGCGCCCGGCCCCGGUUGCACCGCGAGUAUGUCACUUUGAUCGGCAGCCUGCAUAUUACAACGGCUACCAUUUGAUUUGGGUGCGAACGGAGUUCACAAGCAAAGGCAGUGUAGGAGCCUCCAUUGUUACCUUUCACACCUUUUUUGCUUCUGCGAACCCAUACAUAUCGUAACAAGCUCCCCGCAUCA